AUGAAUGUGCCACCAACACGGAGGAUUGUCCUCCUCGGGAAAACGGGAGCUGGAAAAAGCAGUGUUGCAAACACUUUAUUUGGAGAAACCACGUUCAAAAUGGGCCAUUCCCCUGACUCAGAGACGAGCAUUUGCAUUUCCAAGUCCAAACUCAUUAACAGAAGAUCCAUAACUUUGGUUGACACGCCCGGCUUCUUUGACACAAGCAGAUCAGAAGAGGACAUGAAGCCCAACAUACUGCAAUGUAUUGUUGAGUGUGCUCCUGGGCCUCAUGCCUUUAUCGUUGUUCUUAAAGUGGAGAAAUUCACAGAUCAUGAAAAGUCUGUCAUCGAAAACAUGUUCCAGCAUUUCUCCGAGGAGGUUUUACGAUAUGCUGUAAUUCUUUUCACUCACGGUGACCAACUGCUGGAGGAAAUGAAAAUUGAAGAGUUCGUCAGUCAGAGCAAAUGCCUGGCUGAUCUCGUUCAGAAGUGUGGAGGCCGAUGCCACGUUAUAGAUAAUAAAUACUGGAAUAAUGAGGCAAAGAAUGAAUACAGGAGCAACAAGUUCCAAGUGGAACAGCUUUUGAAAACCAUUGAUGAUAUAGUGAUGGAAAACAAAGGUGGUUAUUACACUAAUGACCUACUACAAGCAAUAGAGACAGAAAUACAGAAAGAGGCAGAGCAUAUUAAACAAACAUCAGUGACUAUGUCUUCAGAAGAAGCCAGGGAAAGAGCUAAAAGUGGAGUCUAUAAACAGCACCUGGCUAAAUUUGCACGCAUCGCAGGUAAAGGCCUGCUAAUUGCAGCUUUGCUUGGUGGAUUGGAGUUUGUUGCACUUGUACCUCUAGCUAUAAAAGGAGUCAGUACAAUCAAACAAGCAGCAAGGAAGAAGAGAAUAGAAACAGUGUCAAAGGAAGAAACAAGUAAAGGAGUAACUGCGGUAAAGGCAGGAGGAAAAGCACAAACACAGUCAGUAUCUACACUGAAUAAAGGAACUCCAACAAAAGAAACAGCAGUGGAAAGGAGCGUCGCUGGAGCAAAAACGGGAGCUGAUAUUUUCUCAAAACUACUUAAAAUUUUUAGGAAGACAAAUGAAGAGGAAGUGAGCGCAUCAAUAACAGAUGAAGCAGCGACACUGGAAGAAGAAGCCGAAGAUGCUGAAGCAGAAGAUGGAACAGAGGAACUAGUCGAAGAAGAAACUGGGACUGCAGAAGUUUUACCAACUAUAGAAACAGACGUGCCAGUAGAAGAAGAAGAAGAAGAAGAAACUGAUGAAGGAAAAGUAGAAAUGACACAAGAGAUGACAACAUCAAUGACAGGAGAAACACCAGAAGUGGCAGCAGUACUGGCAGAAGGAGAAGGAGCAGCUGCGUUGACAACAGCAGUCGAAGAAGAAACAGUUGGGGCGGUGCUGUCAGCAGCAGAGGAGGCGGCUGAGGAGGUAGCGUUGUCUGCAGUGGGGGAAGCUCUUUCAGUAACAGCGGUGGUAGAGGGCAUGGCUGAAGCAUCAAUUGAAGGAGUGGAAAUGGAAGUAGUAGAAGGAGCUGCUGGAGUAGUUGCGGAGGCAAUAGAUGGAGUAGUACAAGUGAUGGAUGUAGCUGUUAAGGUUGUAGAGAAGCUGAAGAGGACGGGACAGCUUUUUCUGAGUCACAGUGCAGUUAAGCGGAAAUCCCAGGAGAGACAAAAAGAGCUGAAUGAGCUGGUCCAAGCUGUGAAGGACUUCAAGAUUUGUUGUCAGACUGCAAUGGAGUCCAAAGACCAGCUCUUUGAAGAGCUGAUCUCCUCCAUACAAAAGCAACGUACUUUAAUAAAGCAGCUGAUUGAGGCUCGAGAGAAACUAGCAGUUGUUCAGGCAGAAGCUCUGCAGCUACAGCUGGAGGAGGAAAUCGCCAGGCUGAAGAAAAGAGACGCUGACCUGGAACAGCUUUCUCAUACAGAAGAUCACAUUCAUUUCAUUCAGCUCUUCCAGUCUCUCUCCAUCUCAUGUGAAUCUCCAGACUUGCCAACAGGGGCUGUUGUUCGUCCUCAACAUUCAGUGGAAACCGUGACCAAAUGUCUGACUCAGCUGAGAGAUGACAUGAAGAAGCUUCUGGAGACCACAUGGCCCAAGAUCUCUGCAACAGUUUUUGGUAUAAAAGUUGUGCUGCCACCUGUGCCAAAGACCAGAGAAGAGUUUUUGUGCUAUCACUGUCCUCUAACACUGGAUCCCAACUCGGUCAACAAAUACUUGGACCUUUCACAAGAUUCUCAACGAGUGACGAGUGGCUGCUAUGAGCAUUUUCAUUUAUCUCACUCGGACAGGUUUGGAGGUGUGAAGCAGGUGCUGUGCAGAGAGGGUUUAACAGGGCGGUGCUAUUGGGAGGUCAGUUGGAGUGGUGGCGUCUGGUCAGUGGCAGCGUCUUACAAAAACAUCAGCCGAACAUCGUUCGACUCAGAAUUUGGGAAGAAUGACAAGUCCUGGAGUUUGGAGUGCUCUGCAAACGGAUAUACUUUCAGACAUAACUUAGUAACCAAGGCAGUGUCAGGUCCUCGAACCUCUCAGAUUGGAGUGUACCUGGAUUACAGGUCAGGUACUCUGUCGUUUUACAGCAUCUCUGACAUCAUGACUCUGCUUCACAAAGUGCGCACAGUAUUCACUCAGCCUCUCUAUCCUGGCCUUGGGCUGAAGGAAGGAAGCUCUGGCUGUUAUGCAGAAGUGAAAAAGUUGUGA